AUGUUACCCCGACGCAAAAGUCGCCCACUCCCUACGGCGAUAUUUCUCAUUAUUGCCACCUACGUUCUUUUCUUCUGGCUCCCCAAAACACAAUCACUCCGACGUCUCCCAAAGCCCAUUUCUCGCCAAGACACAACAAUUCGCUCAGAUGCCAUUCGUCUAAACAAAGUCGCCGAGAAAUAUCCUGUGAAAGAAUUCAUCCAAUUACCCACCGGUUCAGCAACCAUCCCGCGCAUCCAAUAUGAGUUUCCCAAGGAAACCAACAGCGAGCGCCGUCAACGCCUGAAAAGGCGCGAUGCUGUCAAGAGUACAUUCAUGCACGCCUGGAAUGGCUACAAAGAACGCGCCUGGCUGCGCGAUGAAGUCAAACCCACCUCGGGUUUCCACACGGAUUCCUUCAAUGGGUGGGGUGCCACCCUGGUCGAUUCCAUGGACGCGCUAGUCAUUAUGGGUCUGGACGACGAGCUGGAGCUCGCCCUUGAAGCUCUAAAAGAGAUCGAUUUCACAACAACGAAGAGUAAACAGGUGCCUGUUUUCGAAAUUAUUAUCCGCUACAUGGGCGGCUUCAUGGCCGCCCAUGAUCUGACCAACGGGAAGCAUCCGAUUUUACUGGAGAAAGCUACCGAACUGGGUGAGAUGAUCUACCAUGCGUUUGAUACGCACAAUCGCAUGCCUGCUGUGCGCUGGGAUUGGACAAAAUCCGCCAAAGGCGAAGAAAUCAGCCCAUCCCCUCGAACCAGUUUAGCGGAAGCUGCUUCCCUGACGCUGGAGCUUACGCGGUUAACACAAGUGACGGGAGAUCCCAAGUAUUACGACGCAGUACAGCGGGUCAUGGACGAGCUUGAGAUUGGACAAGACAAAACCCGCAUCCCUGGCCUGUGGCCUACUUGGCUAGACCUGGACAGGAUGAAUUUCGAGGACUCCGAGUUCACGAUCGGCGGAUGUGCCGAUUCUGCAUACGAGUAUCUUCCGAAAUCUCACAUUCUCCUCGGCGCGCAGACAGACAAGUACCGCAAGAUGUACGAGAAAGCGAUCAAAGCGUUCAACGACAAACUGCUGUUCAGGGCCAUGACCAAAGAUGAAGAUCAACAUAUCCUUUUUGCUGCGGAUGCUAUUGGCCUGCGGGGCAAUUCUCAGACUUUGAAAUACUCGGCUGAUCACUUGAAGUGUUUCAUGGGUGGCUCGGUGGCGAUUGCGUCUAAGAUCUUCAAUCGACCACAGGAUAUGUUUGUUGCGCGCGGUCUGACAGAUGGAUGUGUAUGGGCCUACGAUAUCAUGCCGACCGGAAUCAUGCCCGAGAUCUUCAAGGUUAGUCAUUGCCAGGAACUUGACCAUUGUCCAUGGGACGAGGAAAAGUGGAUGUCGGAGGUCAUUUCACGAUCCAUUGAUUCUGCGGAGACGAGAGAGGCGGCGGAGGAUCAAAUCGAGGCAGAGAAGUUGCCGCCCGGUGUCACGGAGAUCAAGGACCCAAACUAUAAGCUGAGACCCGAGGCCCUCGAGUCUGUUUUCAUAAUGUACCGGAUUACUGGAGAUAAAAAGCUUCUGGAUACAGCUUGGCGCAUGUUCCAGCACAUUGACAAGGCAACACGCACCAAGUACGGACAUUCGACUAUCAAAGACAUCCGUCACUCAAAGCCAAGGUUUGAGGAUAAGAUGGAGAGUUUCUGGCUCGCAGAGACCCUGAAGUAUCUCUACCUGAUUUUCUCCGAGCCAGAUCAUAUCAGUCUGGAUGAGUAUGUCCUGAGCACUGAAGCCCACCCUUUCAGGCGACCGGAUGCAAUUAAGCAUUCGAAAACUCAUCAAUGA